CCAAGAACGCCUCUUCUUACACUCCUCAGAACAUGACCCAUCCCAAGUUCUAGCUCCCCUUCGUCCUACCCUUUAACAAUCUGUUGUGUCGGUCACCAUGUACGGAAAAAUCAACUCGGCGCUGACGCUACUGCUUGCCGGCUCCGCCUUCAUAACCCGGUCCGUCGUGGAAAGCAAGCUCGUAUUUGCUCACUACAUGGUUGGGACUGUGGAUUCGCAAACCACCCACGCGCAGCAGGAUAUCGACGGUGCUAUCAACGUUGGCUUUGACGCCUUCGCCCUGAAUGUGGGAAGCCCCGGGGCCGACUGGGCAAAGAACACCGUGCAGCAGCUAUUCGACUACGCAGGGGACAAGUCGUUCAAGCUCUUCUUCAGCUUCGACUUCUACGGAAACGGCGACAUCAGCCAACACCAGACUCUGUUCAACCAAUUCAAGGACCAUCCCGCCCACCUUAGGUACGGGCCUAACGACCUACCCGUCGUCUCCUCUUACAGCGGAGGCAGCAUCGGCCCCGAUACCUGGAGGAAUUUCAAGAACACCAACAACGUCUAUCUCAUCCCCAACCCGGAGGCCGACGGGAACUACUACAACAACCCCGCGGCUUUCUUCCAGAGCUGGGGCGAUGCUAUCGACGGCGUGUUCAGCUGGGAGACGGCCUGGCCCGAGACUUCGGAAACACCUACGAAUGUGUCUUCGGCGAGGGACGAGGCGGUCAAGUCGGCCGCAGAUGCCGCCGGCAAGGCUUACGUGAUGGGUCUGUCUUCGCUCCAAUAUAAACACUGCUGCGGCGACUCCUGGUACCGAGGCGGCGAGACCAACUUGCCCGAGCGUAUGGAGCAGAUCCUUUCCGUCUCUCCCGAAUUCACCGAGGUCAUCACCUGGAACGACGCCGGCGAGAGCCACUACAUCGGCCCCUGCUGGGCCGAGGGCCUGACCUCAGAAAUUCUGCAGUACGGCAACUCAGACACGAUGCCGCACUCCGGCUGGCAACCGCUCCUGGCCUCCUUCAUCGACGCCUUCAAAGCCGGCGCCCUCUGGUACCGCGGCGUGCUAACCAGCUGCAGCGGGGACAAGCCGCGGGGCUCGGGGGCCGCCGUCGACGCCGUGAACUACGCCGUGGUGCUCCCGGCAGACAGCGACAGCAACGGCCUCAGCGUGCGCGUGUCGAGCGGCGGACGCGUCCUAGCCACGCAGCCGGUCCGCGGCGGGCUGAACUACAACUCGGUCGCGGGCAUGACGACGGGCGCGCAGAAGAUGGAGCUGAUCGACGGCAGCGGGCGGGUUAUUGCCUCGGCGAACGGCGCCGUGGACGUGUCGAACGAUGCUACUAAUGGGUUCUGCAAUUACAAUUACUACGUUGCCGGGCUGCAGUAGAAUGUAUACCUAUAAUAUUCAGAACCCUUUGUAAAUCUAGUAAAUUAAUACCCGUCUAAACGUCUGAUCGAUUUGAGCAGAGACUCAAGGCAAGGUACUAAUAUGAACAAAACAAUGAGGCACUUCUAAUUAAUAUAGACGACUUGAGCUUAC